AAAGUUGGAGGUAUGAGGUAUCAAAUUUCCAUUUUCUCCACCAACUUAACAGAUCGAAGCGUUCCCUUUUCCCCAAUCAUGUCUUUUUGGCCCAACAACCCUUUUCCCCAAAUGGGUCCUCAAGGUGUCGUUUCCAUGGACCCGGAGGUUGCACUGGAAGUGCAAAGAGAGGUGACUCGGCGGAUGGCUGAGUCAGCAAGGGCCGAUUUUGUUGCGUAUGUGGACAAGGUGAGGGAACGCACCGUUCUUUUGACAAUGAAACGGGACCUACAAGCCGAGGAAGCUCCCAAGGCGAAAUUUGCCGACCAGUUCAUGGAUUUCCUUGAUGCUAUUGAGAGCGGAGAUCCCGAGACUCUCCGGCGUUUCGACGAAAAAGAGAUGCAAAACACUAUUUUGACAAUGAUGGACUGUGACGCCGGCGAUGAGGGACGACUUGGUUGCUUUUACGGAGACGAGGUUUCCAAACUCGGAUUGGGACCACUGGGUGUUGAAGAAAAAGUUGUCAUGGAUGCCAUCGGAGCAAGUAGCGGCGGCGAGAAAGGUGGAUUUUCCGGCGGCGAAUACGAGCGUGUGGGAGCCAUGGUUGAUGCUGUUGAGAAACCAAACGGUGACGGAGAUGGAGCCGGAAGGGUGGCGGCUGUUAUGGAAACCGCUGCAAGAAAGAGUCAUGGUGGGUUCUAUUAAUUGCAUUUAUACGCAAAAGCUACACGAAUAUGUGCUUAGAAUUGUCGGUUGCUUUCUUCAUUGAUGAUUGUUGGCUACCAGUUAUACUUGAAUUUACGGAUUGUAAUAAUUGGCUUGUAUCUCUGAAUUGCCGCUGGAACUAUGUGUUUAAGUUUGCAGUACGGUGGUUACAGGGUUUUGUUUGAAAAAAUUUCUUUAUAUUUAAGGGUGUUCGAGUAAAGGGUAAAACUGGUCCGUUUUAGCAGGA